CGGUGUUGCGGUGACUCCGUGUCCUUCCUCUAUAGACAGUGCGGCAGUUCCGGGUCGGAGCCGUCAUUCCCGCAUUGUUCUCCCGGGGCCUCUCGCUCAUACCGGCCGGAGCCGCAGCAGUGAGUGCAGGAGCAGGAUGGAUUUAGAUGUACUAAACAUGUUCCUGGUGGCGGGAGGGACCCUCCUUGUCCCUAUUUUGGCUUUCGUGACCUCCUUCCUCUUGUGGCCGGCUGCGCUCAUCAAGAUUUAUUAUUGGUACUGGCGCCGGGCCCUGGGGAUGCAGGUUAAAUUUUCCAGCUAUGGGAACUAUAAAUUCUGCUACACGUCCCGCGGGAAGCCGGGAAACAAGGCGUCAGUCCUGAUGCUCCACGGAUUCUCUGCCCAUAAGGACAUGUGGCUGUCGGUGGUGAAGUUCCUUCCCAAGAACCUUCACCUGGUGUGUGUGGAUAUGCCAGGCCACGAGGGCACCACCCGUUCUGCAUUAGACGACUACUCCAUCUGUGGGCAAGUGAAGAGGAUACACCAGUUUGUGGAAAGCAUCGGACUGAACAAGAGGACUUUCCAUUUGGUCGGCACCUCGAUGGGGGGGAAUGUGGCAGGUGUUUAUGCCGCCCAGCACCCAACUGAUAUCAGCAGCCUCACCCUCAUCUGUCCUGCAGGUUUGAUGUAUCCAACCGAGAGUAAGUUCCUAAAACACCUGAAGGGCCUGGAAAAAUCUGGCGACGACCAGAGGAUCCUGCUCAUCCCGUCCACAGCCGGAGAAAUGGAGGACAUGCUGAGACUCUGCUCUUUUGUUCGCUUCAAGAUCCCCCAGCAGGUCCUGCAGGGGCUCGUUGACGUGCGCAUUCCCCAUAAUGAAUUUUACAGACAAUUGUUUAUGGCUCUUGUCAAUGAGAAGUCGAGACACAGUUUGCAGGAAAACAUGAACAAAAUUGUGGCUCCCACUCAGAUAAUCUGGGGCAAACAAGACCAGGUUCUGGAUGUAUCUGGGGCUGAGGUUUUGGCCGGUUCUAUCCGCGGGUGCCAAGUAGAGAUUCUGGAGAACUGCGGCCACUCAGUAGUGAUGGAAAGGCCCAGGAAAAGCGCCAAACUCAUGACGGACUUCUUGUCUUCACUUCAGAGCACAGAGAACAACAAGAAACACGAAUAAUAUUUCUGGUCCUUCUCUCCCGUCGCGUUGAGUCUCUCAGGGAUCCGGCAGAACCACUAGGAAUAGAAUGUAGUUCCUGGGCCGAGACCCAACAAUGACUUUGUUCUGUGCCGCAGAUAAGGGUGACCAAUGGCACAAGCCUCUGGGACUGGGGAUGAAGAUACGGACGUCGGCCCGAUAAUUCUGUAUCUCGUUAUUUCUCAGUAGGACCCUGUGUCUGGUCCAAACCAUGAAAACCCGAAUUAUGGCCCAUAAGACCCAUUAUAGUCUGCCAUGUCUUUAGGCUCUCAGCCUGUUGCAUGUAGUUCAACAAGAACUGGCAUUUUGGUCCUUUUAGAAAUUCUUAUUUUUCAUUUGGGCUUAGAUACCGCGCUGCAGGGAAUGUUGGCGCUAUAUCAAUGAUAGUAAGAUGAUAACUGGCAGUUAGACAGGUGAAAUAGAGUGAAAAGGUUGAACUUGAUGGACGUGUGUCUACAAUACUGUGUGUAACUUCAGGGAAAUGGCCCCCAGCAGCCAAUAAUAAUGUAACCAGUUAAAUCAGAGAGCACAGAUAGUGGCACACAUAGUGUUAAUAAUUGGGCUGAUUGUAUGAAACUGACAUUUGGGAAGGUCACAAGUCCCCCCCCCUCCCCUGUGUCACAUGGACUGACCCAAUCACUGGAGGGUUUGAUGGGUUAAUGUGAGGAAUGUUCUGGCGCCACUAAUUAACCCUAACGAGUAACACUAAUGAAAGUACUGUAACUGUAUUUUGUAUAGAGAUCACAAAAUGCACAAAAAUACUGUGACAAUGAUCUGGGUGAGACUUGACAUUCUGGCUCCAUGAUGCACAGCCGCAUGCAGAGCAUUUCUACUUCUGAUAAUAAAUUAUAAUAACAA